AUGACUGUUUUUCAGAACGUGUCCGUUUACCUGUAUAACGAACGUUGCUCAUGUCCGAGAUGCGAUAUUAAUAGCUGGGCUGCUUUUUCUUUCAAAGUACUCAGUAUGUUGUCGAUGUCUGGUUCGGCCUUUUGGAUUAUAUUCAAUGGCAAAUGGGUGGCCCAGAUCCUACGGUAUGGUUGGUUGGGUGUGGGUAGGGUGUAUACAGACCAACUGUCUAAGGUCGCACUACAAUGGCCUGCAAAUAUUCACCCCUGCCCGUAUUAUUUGACACUAUCUGGCCAGUGGUCCUUUCGGACAAAAGUUGAACAGGAUAUUGCGGAAACCCAGGGCACCGUGUGGAAGCUGUUUACUAAGUCAACACAAUUGAUUUUUGGAUUUAAAGGCCAAACGAAUGCUGUAUCACUCGGAGCAUAUCAGACAACCACUCCGGUGUGCAAAAAAUGUCGCACGUUCUUCCUGCGGUAUCGUAUUUACGGGUUUGUCCAAGUCAAGGUCAACGCUCCACGCCGCUGGUUCAUUAUCACAUAUGUGCUUGUGAGACAGCUUGAUUGUAAAGUACUGGGUUCCGCUGGUCCACAUCAAUACCACAAAGAAAAGGAACUUGUGUUGUGUCGUUGGCGGCUUCUUCAUGCACUUGCUCCAAGUCAUCGGAUAGAGUUCGAGAUCUUGUGUCCCCUUCCGUCUCCCCUGGAGGCUUUUCGUUAUUAUCGACUUCAUCAUCGGGAGUUGAAUAAGCCGCCUGUGUGA